AUGCAGGCAAUGGCAGACUUUAAAUCUAAAAGACAUGAAAAGUCUUUGGGUUUACUUACAACGAAAUUCGUGUCUUUGCUUCAAAAAGCCAAGGAUGGUGUUUUGGAUUUGAAAAUCGCGACGAACUUGUUAGCUGUAAGACAGAAGAGAAGAAUAUAUGACAUAACUAAUGUGUUGGAAGGGAUCGGGCUUAUUGAGAAAAGAAGUAAGAACAGUAUACAAUGGAAGGGUGCAGGACCGGAAUGCAAAACAAGUGAUAUUGGUAAUAAAGUUGUACAUUUGCGAAAACAGAUUGCGCGCCUAGACGAUCAGGAGAGAUUACUUGAUAAACAGUUACAUUGGAUUGAACAAAGUAUAAAAAAUGUGUUGGAUGAUACAGAUAACAGCAAGCGAUGUUAUGUUACAAAUAAAGAUAUACGUGACUGUAUUAUAGAUGAACAAAUUCUCGUGUUAGAAGCACCACUAGGUGCCCAAUUAUCAGUUGGCGCUUCACCUACUAAGCAAAAGUAUGUUACUGAAAUCCGACAAUCUGGGAUAACGAGAACCAAAUUUGUUACGACAGACCCACAUUAUUAUUUACAUUUAAAAUCAACAGAAUCAAUUGGAGUUAUACUUUUAAGUGAUAAUGAAAAUGAUAAGGAAAGUGAUGAUGACUCAAAUAUGGACGACCCUGAAGUUAAGAAACUUACAGAAAGCAGUAGUGAAGAAAAUAAAUAUAGCAAUUAUCUCAUGAGACUGAGCCCACCUGUGACGAAACACGACUUCUCCUUUACCCUACACGGCACAGAAGGACUAUGUGACUUGUAUGAUAUCCCAUGCUAG